AUGCAGUUGUUCCCUGCAGCGAUUCAGCCCGAGUCGCGCCGUGGACCGGACGAUCCGAGACAAGUGCGACGGACUUUGUCGCACUGGGGGUGGGAGCCGUCGCGCGCGACCGGGCAGCUCGAAGAAAUGGUGAUAAUUACUGAGGCCGAUGUUACUGCGGAUGGCAGGGAGGAAGUCGUCAAGGCGACAUGGUCGAGGCCGGGCGAGGGAGCAGGUGGAUGGGCCGGUGGCCGGUGGGCGAGAGAGAUGAGGAGAGUGAUGGCGUGCAAGAAGUGAGUGCUUGUUACCGACUACUGGCGACUCAACUAUCCUUUGCAUGCGAUAUCUCGUGACUGCUUCUCAACUACGUUUAAUUUCAAGUUCAAUCCUUCCCUCCUUCCCUCCUUCGCCUCCUUUCUGCCAACUCUCUGUCCUCUCCAUCCUGCAGAGCCUCGAUCCGUCCCCAAGUGGACCAUGACGCCUCCUCUCAUUUGCGAUCCCGUCGAGGCUCCGGGGAGUCCGCCGGGCGCAAAGCACCCAACUGCACUCUGCACAGGCCGACCGGCUGGAUUGAUGCGACAGGUUGGAGAGGAAGGGGGGGCCCCCCAUUUCGGGGGCUUUCUCCUCGAAAUUACCCUGCCGCCCCCCAGUCCUUUCCCCCGAGUCCGGUCCCCUCCCAGACGGCAUGCGUCACUUUUCGUCGCAACACUGGACCUUCUGGCAGAAACGCCACCGUUCCUGGCCGUUGCGCGCUUCCCUACAUCACCGGAUUUAACUUCCUCUGACCUAACCAGACUAACCUAUCAUCGCGGCCCUGGGCCCCUUCGCUCCAUCAUUCCACCCUCCGCUGCAACGCGUUUGUCCGUGGUUCGGAGGGCGAUCGCAGCCUACGGGUGGAUGGCCGGCCAAUCAGGGGUCCGCAAUAGCCAGCACUAG